GGAACAGAACCAGGGACAACACACACCCACACAGUGCUUCGAGCAGGCUCACUCCUGUCGGAGCUGAACGGCAGUGAGGAAGAGGAGGGGCGGAAAGAAACGUUCCUGGGAAUUAAUAACAGAGAGGCAGGAGGAGGGGCAGGUGCACACAGGUGAAUCGCUGGACCAUGAGGGCAGCAUUCAGAUUGCUUCUCCUCCUCCUCCUGGUGCUGAUCUCUGAGGUGAACGGGCAGAGACGGAAGCCCGGGCGGAAGCCUGCCCGCCCGACGCCCGGCCGCCCGAUGCCCGCCCCCCCGACGCCCGAGCCGGGNNNCCCCUCCGUCUUCCCGGAUUGCCCCAGAGAAUGCUUUUGCCCUCCAGACUUCCCCUCGGCCCUCUACUGCGACAGCCGCAACCUGAGGAAAGUGCCCCUCAUCCCGCCCAGGAUCCACUACCUCUAUCUCCAGAACAACUUCAUUGACGCCCUCCCAGAGGAGGCCUUCAAGAAUGCCUCGGAGCUGAGGUGGGUCAACCUGGAUAACAACCGCAUCAAGAAGCUGGAGGGGGGGGUGAUGGAGCAGAUGGACAGCCUGGUUUUCCUGUACCUGGAGAAGAACCAGCUGAAGGAGGUGCCCGCCUUCCUGCCCCCCAACCUCGAGCAGCUGCGACUGAGCCGGAAUCAGAUCUCCAAGAUCCCCGCGGGGGUUUUCAGCAAGCUGGAGCACCUGGUCCUCCUGGACCUGCACCACAACAAGCUGAGCGACGGCGUCUUCAACAAAAACACCUUCCGGGGGCUGAAGAGCCUCAUGCAGCUCAACCUCGCCCACAACAUCCUGCGGAAGUUGCCCCCCGGGCUGCCCAGUGCCGUCCACCAGCUCUUCCUGGACAGGAACAAUAUUGAGGACAUCCCGGAUGACUAUUUCAAGGAAUUCCCCAACCUGGCCUUCCUCAGGCUCAACUACAACCAGAUCUCGGACAAAGGGCUGCCCAAGAACUCCUUCAACCUCAGCAACCUGCUGGUGCUGCAGCUGGCGCACAACAAGCUCACCAGCGUGCCCUUCAUCAACCCCAAGCUGGAGCACCUCUACCUAAACGACAACUCCAUCGAAAAAAUCAACGGGACUCAGAUUUGCCCCACCGCCCUGGUCGCCUUCCAAGACGUCUCCUCAGAUCUAGAAAACGUGCCCCGGCUCCGCUACCUGCGCUUGGAUGGCAACCAGCUGAAACCCCCCAUCCCCUUGGACCUGAUGAUGUGCUUCCGGCUCCUCCAGUCAGUCGUGUUUUAACUCCUCCAGCAGCGCCACUCUCCCGGGACUUUGGCUUUGCGCAGAGAAUUGACUCCAGUCUCUGUCAGACACUUGGAAAAUACCUUGUUCCCCCAUUCACCCCACCCCGCUCACCCCUCAACGCUCUGUCUCCUCUUCCUCCCCCCCAACCCUCUUUCCUGCUUCCGCCUCUGGAAUGACUGAGCUUUGCCAUUAGGUGCAGCAAAGUACCGCCCCCUGUAGACGCUGCAUGUAUCUUUUAGGAGUGCUCUUCCUGUCAGAUACCUGUAGAGUCCACAUGAUGACACUAGGCCGCAAUAAGCAUCCAAGGCCUUCCUGUAAAUGGUGUUGGGUCACAGAAGAGGGGCCUGCUCAAAUGCCGUCCACUUAUUCCCAGCAUGCAACUGCCUUUCCUUCCCAGGUGUGUACAGAGACACUCAUCUUCCAGCCAUAGCAGCCAUGCCAGGAGGCCUCAGUGGGACCUGGUCUUCGCAGGUCUAUCAGCAUCUCCUCCCCACACCGGAUGGUAGCAUCGUAGAAUCCCAGGGCUGGAAGAGACCUCAGGAGGUCAUUAAGUCCAACUCCUGACCCAAAGCAGGACCAACCCCAACUCAAUCAUCCCAGCCAGGGCUUUGUCAAGCUGGGACUCAAAAACCUCUAGGGAUGGAGACUCCACUACUGCCCUAUGUAACCCAUUCCAGUGCUUCCCCACCCGCCUAGUGAAAUAGUUUUCCCUAAUAUCCAACCUAGACCUCCCCCACUGCAACUUGAGACCACUGCUCCUCGCUCUGCCAUCUGUCACCACUGAGAACAGCCUCUCUUUGUUCUGGGAGCACCCAGUGAUGGCAGAUAGGAGGGGUAGGGGGUCCAGGAUUCGACAGUGAUUUGGAGCAAUUAUAUAGCUGCUUUAGGAGACAAGGCAAUUUCAUCCCCAAAUCAACAAUACCCGGCAAAAUAGCCUAAGUGGUCUCUUGGUCUAAGCGCACCAAGAUCCAGUCCGGGUCCUUUACCCCAUGGUCUCAGAACUCAUUUGAGGUGGGCAUGGGAAUCCAGAUCAGGUUCCACUUCUUUCCAAGUCCUCUCCUUGGUGAAAACGAGUGGUGCUGACAUAUCCUUUUGGACCAUGCAGGGAAACCCGAUGAGUUUACUUAGCCAUUGUGUCUGGGGGCCACGUUGGCAUUGGACUCACGACCCACUUCAUGUGAAUGAAAGCGGAUGACACCUCAGGGGAUCCUCAGCGAGCCGCACAUUUUGGGUGCAAACCCCCUAUAAGCAUGUGGCAGGCGAGCAGUGCCCUCGGGUGGGUUGCAUGUAGUCCCAUGCACACGGAAGAAGACUCAUGUACACAAGCACCUUCCUCCAGAAGAGGGCAGCUUCUAGCUGCACCACACUGCAUCCUAUCUCAAUUCGUGGCAGCCAGGUGGGGCAAUUCCCCACCCCGAAAUCAGAUAGUCAUCACCCAGGAAGCCCACACCAAAGCCGUGGGGCUUCUAGGAAGCCUGGUGGAGCACCCCUUUCAUGCAUGCCUCCCCACCCCCUGUCUGCCCUUGUGUCGGAGCAGUAUGGGCGUCAACCGACCACUCCUGAGUCAAGACCGGAUGGUUUUCCAAAAGCACUGCCUGAGGAGGGCUGACUCGGUGACCGCGGCGUUGCCUCCUGGCCUCGGAAUGGAUGCCUCGAUGAAAAACCCCGAGGGAGGCCUUUGCUCCGAUUGGUGGGUUGCAGUGGGAUCUUUCCUCACACCCGCGGCUGCACAUGCUGGAGUCCAGGAACUGGUGCCGAAGGCUGGAUCUUGCUGGGUCCCUGGGUUUUGCAUUGGUAGAGCAGAGAUUCUCAUUCUGGGGGUGGGGACACAGUGGCUUGAACGCACCCGUGGCUUGAACGCACCA